UUUAAGACUACUAAAAAUGCAUAUAAAAAAAACUAAUUAGUGCCCAAAAUGGCCUAGGAGGUAAUGAUAAGAAUGCCAAGAUUAGGGGUACAGUAGAUCUUAUUCUCAAAUACCUGCAUCUUACUUCUGCUAAUUGAACCAAUACACUUAACUGUAACCAUAUAGUCCUAAUAAAUGUCAGUGCCAGUAGCUAUGUAGAUGAUCCUGUGUAACAUGCUAUUUUCAUAAUGUGAUCAAGGGGUAUAACUGGUUCCUGCUGCAUACAUGUUGCCUAUUAGUUGAUGUCUUGUACAAUAAUGAUAAUAGAAACCCCUCACCCCUGUCACUUCCCUCCCUCAUCCCCCCUUUCCAGUUGGCUCCUGUGCAAAGCCUCCCAGGUUGUUGCUGUCCAGCAGUAGCAGCAGCAGCAGCAGGAGUGAUGCUCAGGUGGAGCAGGAGAAUGUUGCAGCGCUUUUGUGCGUCAGGUCGGACUGUGGUGCUGCAGGCGCUCGGCUGCUGAUACUCUCAGGUGCUCCAAUGCAAAGAGACUGCUGAUGGAAAAAAUGACCACCAAAUGGAUUUAGGCUGCUUUUUAACUUUGUAGGUGAAUACAUGCCAAGCAAAUCUGCCUUAAAGCCGGCUGUGCGUUAGCUUCGAGGCCAGAUGUGCGGAGGACGGAUUCGACCUACACUGUGAGCACUUAUCAGUCAGAGGGAUUCAAUGCUAAAGUUUCAUUGCAGCUCGGAUACUGGAGCAUUUAAAGGGACAGAGCACUGGACAGUCAGUGAAUUCUUCUCCCGGUGAAGCAAAUCGCUGUUGGUCUGGAUUUAUCUAGCAGUUGGUCUGUGCCUAUACAAUCUAACUACUAAUAUGCAACAAUCCCAUUGCUUACACCAUUGAUUUUCUCCUCUAUGGGGGAUUUGGUUCUGUUAAUCCGGAUUUAAUAGCGGAAAUAUUGCUGUUUUUGUGAAGCUUCGGUGGAGAACGUUGCAAAGGUGGAGCGAGCAAGGGCAGCGGAUGACGGAUCCAUUCAUCCUUUCCAUGCACCGGACCCAGGAAGCGCCACUGUGUAAAUCGCCUCGAUGCUUCGAUCUUCCAUUGAUCGCAGAUGAAAUAAGCGAUCGUUGGUUUUGCGGCAGAAGCGAUGGUUCGUUUCCUGAUUGGUGACAGCAGUUAUGGUAAAGUGAGCAGUCGCUGUCCAGCGAUCUGUUGCAGCGGAGCUCCAGUGGUCUGGAUCGCAGAUGUCGUGUAGAAGGAUGUGCUCGGCUGCGGCGCUUGCAGACAUUUAUCUGUGGAUGCGAUCGAGGUGAUCGAGAGGAAGUGGCGAUUCCUGCUGCUGUCUUGGAUUUUUUUUUUCCUAAUCCAUCCUAUUCCCCCGCACUGGAAGUCCUCCUGUAUCUAAAUGGAAUUAGUGGAGAUCGAAGCCCCUUGUGUAAGGAACAGACAUGAUCCAUGGGCGCAGUUUGUUUCACAUUGUAACAAGUCUAAUUAUUCUUCAUGUGUCUUGGGCAACAAAAACAGAAGACAAACAGACCACCACAGAAGGGCAGAAACCAGUAGAGUGUGGUUCUUGGACAAAACAUUCAAAUGGAGGCACAUUCACAUCUCCCAACUACCCCAACAAGUACCCUCCUGACAGGGAGUGCAUCUACAUUAUAGAAGCGGCUCCUAGGCAAUGCAUUGAGCUCCAUUUUGAUGAAAAUUACUCCAUAGAGUCUUCUUGGGAAUGUAAAUUUGAUCACAUUGAAGUUAGAGAUGGACCAUUUGGCUUUUCUCCAAUCAUUGGGCGCUAUUGUGGACAACAAAGCCCACCUUUGAUAAAAUCAAGUGGAAGAUUCCUUUGGAUUAAAUUUUUUGCUGAUGGUGAACUGCAAUCUUUGGGGUUUUCUGCACAAUAUAAUUUUACACCAGGAUUAAAAUAUCUGUUUUCAUCUGCUGCUGCUGAAUACCAGUUAGCUGGUUAUGCUAUUAAAAAGAUAAGGCGUUCUCAUGCCUCUAGAGUAAAAGAGCCGGACAAGCAAUCACGAAUUCACAAUCACGCUGCUUUGCGUGAUUUGACUUGGUCACUCAUGCAUGAGAUGGUUUCCUGA